CGGUUAUCGAAGCGCAGCCACUUCUCCGGCCUGAGUACAUCAAAUCCGGGCACAAGCGAACACCCAACUGCAGGCACGCAGCUGCCUGGCUGUGCAGACGGGCCUCACGGCCUUCACGCCGUGCUGGCCAAUAGAAAGCGCGCUCAACGGCCCACCAGUAGAAAUCACCCUCUUCGGCCCACCAAUAGAAAGCACGCUCAUUGGCCGACCAAUGGGAAUCGCACUCAUCGGCCCGUCUCGAGGCCGGCGCACAAAAACGUGCUGCAGCUCGAGCAAGAGUACUCGACCCGCAUGGCUCGUCGUGGCGUGAAAGGCUGCCAUUCAAUUGUUGGCCACAUGCGGGCUGGAUGCAAAUUGGGCUUGCGGCACUGCAAUGACUCGGUUCAUCUUGGCCCGAAUGAGGUGGAGAAAGGCGUCCUACGGGUACAUGGCGCACAGCCCUCGGUGUUGCUGGCGGAAAGGUCUUCUCAUUCCGGCCGAACUGCAGUCUCUAACUCGCCUGGGGCUAGUCCGUUGAGGGAACUGAGCCGCGGUGGAGCUGCAGUCGGUCCACGUGAAGCGGACCUUUUUGGGCGCAGGACUGAGUGGGAUUCGUUAUGCAUUUGCUCACGGAAGACGACUUCAAUCAACUUGAAUGGAAUGUUUUUGCGACUUGCCCAUAUUGUUUGGAAGAUUUAG